GAAGUGAAACGACGCACUACAGCAUGGGUCCUUUCUGGUUCCUCCUACCACUGCUCUACAGCUCCCAAGUAAAGGCUGGCAGUGAAGCCGGGAGCUUUGGGAAGAAUGUCCAAAAUGGCUCACACCCGGAAUACCCUACAGAAACCUCCUUCCACAACGAAGCUGACAUGAUGCUAACUUCGGCACAGGAGGCGAUCCUUCACGGCAAAAGAGCAGCGGGCGACCUCACCACGCUCUGGGAGGAUGUUGAUGGUUUUCCUCUCAUACCAUUUACGUUUACUGACCAUGAGGUGGAUCGCACCCCCGUGCAACUCGCCAUCCACGUCUGGCAGGCCGGCACUUGCAUCCAGUUCCUCGAGGUGGAAACCGACUACGUUGGGCCGCACCUGCGCUUCCAGAGGAACGGCGACGCCUGCAUGUCAAACGUCGGCAGAAACUCGUCCACGGGCCAAGACGUCUACAUUUCUGAGGCGUGCGAGAUGAGUGUGAGUUUCUGA